UUAGCUCUCUUCAUCACUCAUCAUUCCACACACAUUUCAUUUUGCAAACAACAAAAUCUAAGAGAGAAAUAUGGCUGGUCUAAUGAAGUUGGCCUGCUUGGUCUUUACCUGCAUGAUCGUGGCCGGUCCAAUCACAUCGAACGCGGCUCUGAACUGUGGCACCGUUAACGCCAACGUGGCAGCGUGCAUUGGCUACCUAGCCCAGGGUGCGCCGACCAUUCCACCAGCGUGCUGCAGCGGCGUUACUAAUCUAAACAACCUGGCCCGUACAACCCCGGACCGUCAGCAAGCUUGCCGUUGCCUUGUAGGAGCCGCUAACGCCUUCCCUAGUCUCAACGCUGCCCGUGCAGCUGGACUUCCUAAGGCAUGUGGAGUCAAUAUCCCUUACAAGAUCAGCAAAAGCACCAACUGCAACAGUGUGAAAUGAGCUGCGGUCGGAUGAAGCUAAUGCGGACGUUUCAAAUAUUAUGUAAUGGAUGAGAGAAUACUAAAAUAAGAUGUUUCAGUGGUUGUUGUUUCUAGAGUUUUUCAGUUUCCUGUCUUUUAUGUUGUCAUGCUCCUAUCACUUUGGUCGUCUGUACUAUGUUCACAAUCAACGUUAUAUGAAUUUCAGAUCUAAGGUUUAA